AUGUUCUUCAUUGAUCCACCGAGCCGAAGCUUCCGAUUGCCGAGCCCUGCCCCGGUGUUCACUCAGAGCUUUUCCCAACUGAAUCCGACACCUUCCAUGAUUUCUCUUAAUGACGUUCAAAGUUGCGCGUCGGAAGGAGCAGUGACACCGCACCAGACACCGUUGUUUACUGUUUCCCAACCAAAUUCAGUAAUUGCAGCACCUCUUCCCCCAGCUGCAGUGAUGUGGACGCCAAACAGUAUGUACGGCGCAACGCCGAUGGGGGGAGGUCCUGAAGCUGGCACAGGUCAAUUUAUUUCUUCAAAAGGUCCCGAUGGGCCGCCAAUGUCACCGAUGCAGUCAGUGUUUAUCCCGCAACUGCAGCAAUCGCAGCAGCCACAGACGUCUACGUGUCCCCUUGUUUACAUGUUAACGACUGUCGCAGUGCCGCAGCCGUAUACUCAGACCGCCCUACCAGAGCAACAGAACCGGCAAGCCCCCCUUUACCAACAUCAUCUGUUUCCAAUGGAGGGUUCGAGCAUCGCUUCUUCAUCAUCCAUGCACGCUCACAGUCUGAAUCCUUCAGGUCUGGCAAGAAAUUCUGACGCCAUGCAAACCCGUGGGCCCGGCAAUAAAGUGAAUGUAAACGUGGUGUGCCGACACUUUAUAAACAGUUGCUGUAACCGAAGAAAGUGUCGUUUUCUGCACACGCUCAGCGAAAGCCCCGUCACCAAUGUUUAA